AUGGCCGAUCCGUUCGGGGCUGCUGCUGGUGCUGUCGGUAUUGCCGCUGCCCUUGCUUCAUGCCUACAAUGCUUUGAGUAUGUCCAGUUUGGUCGUCAUUACGGUCGGGAUUUACGCACCGAUUCCCUUCGUCUCGACUACGCAAAAAUUCGUCUCACACGCUGGGGCGACGCCGUUAACAUUUCUGAUGAUGCGAUAUUGGCCAAAUUCAAUGAAGACUCUAAACAACUUGUGAAGAACACUCUAGACCAGAUUCAGGUCCUGUUCACAGACACUCAGAAGAUCUCUAAGCAGAACGGAGACAGGAAUACUGAAAGAGGCAUCAUUAACAGUGUUGACGCGGGGUCUUCGGCUAUUAUAGUAGAGAAGAAUGGUACUAGGACGCUGGAACACCAGAAGAAAGCUAAUAUAUGGCGGAAAACAAGCUGGGCUCUCUAUCGUCGCCAGGAACUCAAUGACCUUAUCGAAGGUAUCGACUCCCUCAUCGAAAACCUUGAAGCUCUUGUCUCUCCGAGUCAACUCAAGCGGAUGGUGAAGGAGGAGCUUGCGCAAGUCCGCGAUGAACAGGAGUUUUUAUUGAUUCAAAAUGUCUCCCGAGACGUGGAUCCCCUACUUCAUGCCGUUGCAACAGAAAAGCUGCAAAGCCUACAGGGCCACCAAUAUGGGAAUAUCAAGAUUGGAGACAAAAGCAAAGUCGAAAAUGGUAAUUACGUUGGAAGCGAUUGGAAUGGAGAUUUGUUGAGAGGAGCUUCUCAUCGAUAUGAUGGAAUCGUUAUUGGGAGAGAAUCGAAGGUUCGUAAUGGGGAUAGGUUUGGAAAGGACUUCAUGGACGAUUAA